AUGAGCAACUCUAGCUAUCACUCUGGUGGUAGGAUAGCUGUAGCCUGGAAGGCUGGUUGCUUCACAGUUAACAUUGUUGUUGCAUCCAGUCAGUUUGUUCACUGCCAUGUUACUCCUGUAAGUGGUAGGAAACCCUUUUAUUGCACCUUUGUUUAUGCUUUUAAUGAUGCUGGUAUGAGACAAGAUCUAUGGAGGGAUUUGUUAUUGCUUAACACUCAAGAACCCUGGAUUGUGUGUGGGGAUUUCAACUGUGUUAUGGCAUUAGAUGAGAGAAUUGGAGCUACUGUCAGACAUAGAGAUAUUGUGGAUGUGAGCAACUGUAUGCAUGCUUGUGGUAUGGAGGACAUCAAGUGUGUGGGUAAUCUUUUCACCUGGAACAACAAGCAACAAGGUAACAACAGAGUUUUUUCAAAAAUUGAUAGAUUUAUGGCUAAUCAAGCUUGGCAAACUUGCUUUCCUGUUGCCGAGGUAUGUUUUAUGCCAGAAGGACUUUUUGAUCACUCUCCUGGUCUUCUUUCUGUGUUUCCCAGAGAUGAUGGAGGGAAGAAACCAUUUAAGUAUUUUACUAUGUGGAAGUCCUCAAAUGUGUUUUCUGACAUUUUCCAGCAGGCUUGGAAUACUCAGUUUAUUGGCACUAAAAUGUUCAUUUUGAUUAAUAAACUGAAAAGAGUUAAACUGGCUCUUAAAGAGUUGAAUAAAGUAGGUUUUACAGAUAUUCAAGCAGCAGAUUUGAGAGCUUAUCAGACUAUGGUGAGUGCACAAACUGCAAUGUAUAAUAAUCCUUCUGAUCAAAGUUUUGCAGAUGCAGAGUUGAUUGCAAUUCAGGAGUAUAAGGAGAAACAUAAGGCUUAUUUGGCUUUCCUCAGUCAAAAAGCAAAAUUGUCUUGGCUUAAAGAUGGAGAUGAGAAUACUUCUCUUUUUCAUCAGAGUAUCAAGACUAGAAAAGUUCAGAACCAAGUGUAUAGCAUUUAUGAUAUGCAAGGAGAAUGGAAAGAUACAGCUGAUGGGGUGUCCAAAGCUUUUUUGGAUUAUUAUAAAAUGCUCCUAAGUAGUACUUCUGAUAACAGAACACCAGUUAACAAGGAGGUGGUGCGGCAGGGGCCAGUCUGUUUGGAUCAUCAUAAAGCUAUACUCAAUGCUCCUUAUACAGCAGAUGAAGUUAAGAAGGCUCUUUUCUCUAUUCCAGGUAUUAAAGCUCCUGGUCCAGAUGGUUUUGGCUCUUAUUUUUACAAAGAUGCUUGGCAUAUUGUUGGGGAUGAAGUCAUUGCAGCCAUUCUUGAUAUGUUACAGCAAGGAAGAAUCUUGAAGGAGGUGAACCACACUGUGAUUACUCUUAUCCCCAAGACUAAAUGUCCAAAGGAUGUGAGUGAGUUCAGGCCAAUUUCUUGCUGCAACACCAUUUAUAAGUGCAUAACAAAAGUUUUGUGUGGGAGAUUAAGACAAGUUCUUCCUGAUCUCAUCAUGGAAAAUCAAGGAGGUUUUGUUCAUGGGAGAUACAUAGUUCAUAAUAUUAUGGUUGUGCAAGAUUUAGUCAGGAAUUAUGGGAGGAAAGGGGUUAAGCCUAGCUGCCUUAUGAAGAUUGAUCUUCAAAAAGCCUAUGAUACUGUUGAUUGGCAGUUCUUACAGGAGAUGCUGGUUCUUUUGGAUUUCCCAAAGCAGUUUGUUGAUAUGGUUAUGCAAUGUGUUACUACUCCCAUGUUUUCUUUGAUGCUGAAUGGUUCUAUGCAUGGGUUUUUUAAAUCCAAGAGAGGUUUGAGGCAAGGAGACCCUAUCUCUCCUCUGUUAUUUGUCAUUUGCAUGGAAUAUUUGUCUAGAAUUCUGAAUAGAGUGAGCUCUAUGCAUCAGUUCCAGUUUCAUCCAAGGUGUAAGGGGAUUGGUCUUACUCACUUAUGUUUUGCUGAUGAUCUGAUUAUCUGUAGCAAGGGAGAUUAUCAGUCUAUUUACUUGUUGCUUCAAGCUUUCAAGUUGCUUUCUGAUACUUUUGGCUUAAAGGCAAAUCAACAAAAGUCUUCUAUCUACUGUCAUGGCAUGCAUGAAUCUGAAAUUCAGAGGGUAGUAGAUGUUUCUGGUUUUUCUAGAAGUAUGUUUCCAUUCAAAUAUUUGGGGGUCCCUAUAUGUUCUAAGAAGAUCUCUGUGGCUCAGUGUGCUCAUUUGGUGGAUAAGAUGAUCACUAGGAUAAAAAUUUAG